AUGCCGCCAAAAUACACAAUGUCUGACUCUGAGUCAGAUGCCGAGGCUGCAGCCUCUACUCCCUUCGAUCAAGUUCUGGAAAAGGGUCUUCGCGACGAGGUCAAUGCUAUAUUCAAGUCGGGCAAUAUUGAGGAGUUGACCGUAAAACGCGUGCGACUUGCGGUGGAAAACAAGCUAGGUCUCACAGCGGGGUACUUCAAGACCACCGGGGAGUGGAAAACACGGAGUGAAGAAAUUAUUAAGAACGAAGUGGAAACACAAGACAUGGCGUCAAGCCCAGAGCCUGAAGCUGUGAAAUCACCCUCUCCGGCACCGCAAAGAAAGGCAUUGUCCAAACGACCCAAACCAGAAAGUGCGCCCAAGCCUCGGAAGCGCCAAAAGACCAGGACACCGGCCUCGGAUGACGAAGAAGGCGCUCCGUCGGUUGUAUCCGACGAAAGUGAUGAGGUCACGAAACCAAAACAGCGAUCAAAAGCACCAGUGAAAAAGGCGCCAGCAAAGUCCAAGAAACCGGCCAAGGGAGAACCAGAAGCUCUUGGUGCGGGAGACGCGGAGGUGCACGAACCAACAACCGCGAAGGAUGAUUCCGAAAGUGAGAUGUCAGUGGUUCUCGACGAGGAGCCCGAGCCCAAGUCCAAGCCUCCCCGCAAGCAAAAGAAGAGUGCGGACGGUGCCUCUAAACCGAAGAAGGCCCCAAAGGCCAAAGCCAAGGCUAAAGAUGAAGAUAUCAGCCCUGAACAGGCGGAAAUCAAACGGCUGCAGGGAUGGCUCGUCAAGUGCGGAAUCCGGAAACUGUGGGGUAAAGAGCUGGCUCCAUAUGAUACCCCCAAGGCCAAGAUCAAGCACUUGAGAGGCAUGCUGGAAGAUGCCGGAAUGAAAGGACGACCAUCAUUAGAACGGGCGAACCAGAUCCGCGAAGAUCGCGAGUUGAAACAAGAUCUGGAGCUCAUCCAGGAGGGGGCGAAGACUUGGGGUGCGAAGAGUGACGAGGAGGAUAACGGUAGACCUCGCCGUCGACUGAAUCGGGGACGCCAGGCGCUUGCAUUUUUAGAAAGCGACGAUGGUAAAGAGACUGAUUAG